GGUUACCCGGCCGAAUCUGCUUCCGGGGCAGUGUGCCCUGCAUGUGCGCGCUGUGCAGCAGCGUGUUGUUGUUGCUGUAGUGAGAAUAGAGGCAAGCGAGUGUGCCCUGUUCGGGUAACUGAAUAUGGCGGCAGCUCCGUGGAAUCGCGUCCAUAUCCCGCGUCCCGCCAUCCAGUGCCAGGUGUCCGUGCUGCUAAGAGACAGUACAGAAAAAUACAUCAACAAGCUUCUUGAAAGAUGUUUUGAAGUCCACUCCUCAUUGAAAAGCAGUGCAUUGAAUAUUGAGAUUGCUACCUUGGACUCCAUACUGUACAUUUACCACCACCGUCUCAGUUACCAUAAACCAUAUUUGGCUUUAAAACAGGUACAGCAGUGUAUAAAACGAAUCCGUUCUAUGGGCUUGGAAGCCUCCAUAAAAGAGAUUGUCGAUUUGUGUCCGAAGAAUACUGAACUAGACGACACACAGUAUUGCUCUCUGCCGAGUCAGCCUAUUAUGGAACUAGGAUCUAUGAAGAUUCUGGGCGCCUGCAAAUUAUUGCUCCGUCUCUUGGAUUGCUGCUGCAAGGCCUUUCAUUUAUGUCUGCAGCACCUGAAUUUACAGGAGUUUAUGGUCCUAAAUGUUGUUCUGUUGGGAUUGCUUAGCCGAUUAUGGGUUAUGUACAGAGGGGUCUUAAGACAUCUCAUCAUCUUGUACAACGCACAGAUGCCAGUGCAGCGGGAAGUGUCCGAGUUUCAGAAAAUGCCAUACUUUAAAGACUUUAUAUUUCCUGACAAAAUUGAAGAUUACCUUGGCCCCGUGUUUACAGAUUUGGGAAGGAAAAAACUGCCCCUGAUGUUUUCCAAAAAGGGCGAACCACAAUUGCUUAAUAAAAUAUUCAAAACUAGUAAACUGAUUAGUAAUGAAAAAGACAUGGAAAUGACAGAGAAUGUAGCUUUACAAGAAACCAAAGGAAUGUGUAUUGAUUUGGGACAGCCAGUUAAAGUGAGGAAAUUAAUCAGAGGCAAGCUCGAGGCUUUUGAUGUGAAAGCAUUAUGUCAGCCAGUAAAGGCCGACCAUUUUAAAGUUUUCAGUUCACUGCAGGAGUCCAUUCUUUCCAAGAACAAGCACAUAGGUUUGUCAAAACACAGACGAGAAAGCAAAUGUGCGAAACACAUGGUGCCUAAAAUUCAGCAGGCGGAGAGUUUUAAAGAGCUGUCUGAGCAGCUUGUUUCUGCUGUAAAAUGGUGCAAAGAGAGAAAACUAAGAAAUGAUACGGUGUUCUUCAGGAACUUAUAUCUGCGAAGCUACAGGCUGCAGAAUGCAGAAGCCUUGGGACACAGUUUAAAAAAGAAGCUGCAAUGCUGGAAAAAGUCCAUAUGUCACAGUCUACAUAAACAGACUCUGAAUGGAGAUCAUCCAAAGUCUUGUUUCAGAAUACAAAGAUUUCCACAGACUUGGAAAUAUAUGGCCGCUCACUCAAGAAAACAGAAACUUCACAAAUGUUGCAUCAAUUAUUCUAAAUCAAAAGUUAAGAGAGAUGUAAAGACCUCUCCUCUGUGUUUAGAUUUGUGUACUGGGGAUGAGACGGUGUCAACAGCUGCCACAGAUAUUUCUUUGAGACCUGAAACUUCGGAGACCUUUAUGUCUGACGCAAGCACUAAAGGAACAGACCGAAAUCUUAUUGCGACGGAUGACAUAGAUGAUAUAUUUUCAUCAAUUGGGAUCUAGUGGACUCGUCGUCCUCUGCCUAGAGUACUGGUAGACUGUUAUGGGGAGCAAUAAAAGGAAAAUACAGUUUGCUGCA